AAUAAUUAGCAUCACGUUGUUCAAACUCAAUUUCAAUAGUUUCAACGACUACAUAAAAAAGUCUAAACAAAACUCCAGAACCUAGUGGUAUAAAUACACAACGCAUUAUUCUUCAUAGUGCUUCAAGAAACAAAAAAGUUAAUUAACACCAAAAUCAGAAACACAAUCGUCUCCAUCACCAUUCAAAACAUGGCCACCACGAUAUCUUGUGAUUUCUCUUCAGUGGAAUCUAUUCAACACUAUCUUCUUGAGCUUGAACACGAUUCCAACACACUCAUGAACGCUUCCAAUCACGAAAUUUGCUAUUCUCCAACGUACAAUUCAUUCCCAAGCUCUACUACGUUCCGCUUGGAAGGUGUCCAUGAUGCAGAAGGGUCGUUAGCAUGCAAAAGAGAACACCCUAAGGUGGAGCGUGAAGUUCACGCGCCACCAGCAUGGAAGCGUUACCGGGGUGUGAGGCGUAGACCUUGGGGCAAGUUCGCGGCGGAAAUAAGAGAUCCGAAGAAGAAUGGUGCUAGGAUAUGGCUUGGGACUUACGAAACUGAAGAAGAAGCGGGUUUAGCUUAUGAUGGAGCUGCUUUUGAGAUGCGUGGCAGCAAAGCUAAGUUAAAUUUUCCUCACCUCAUUGGUUCUCACGCGCCUCUGAAGCCGAUAAGAGUAUUGACAAAGACUUUGAAGCAAAAUUUGCUAGAGUCUGAUUUAUCAUACUCAUCGGCUUCAGAGACGCAAGAGUUAAAGAAGAGAAAAAAUUUGGCCGACUUGUUGAACAGGUUGGCCAAGAAUAGGAAACAAGUGGAGGUGUUUGAAAUGAGUUUACAUGCAUCAAAUGAUGUCAAUGUUGAUCAAUGGUGGAGUAAUUAAGUUGAAUGAUUGUGUCCGGGUGUAAUGCAUGUGGUGCCCAUAAGGUUCUAGUGUUUUCCAAGGACUGUAUACAGUUGUUUGUUUCCCUAGUUUCUAUUUUUCCAAUGAUUUUUACGUACCCUCCUUUUGAUGAAAUUCAGGGGGUGAAAUGUACGUUUGCCACGAAUUUCAAAUGAGAAUCCUAGGCAUAAAAAAUAAUUGACAUGCCAUAUAGCUUACCUUAA